CACUCCUCAUUUGCGAUUACGUGUGCCAACGGGAGUCCGAUUACAAGUAAAAAGAUAGUAGUAAAUGUUUUGGUUUGUGUUAUUUGCAAAGCGGUGAUUGUUUUCGUCGAAUAUUAGCAUCUUUGAUUCCCUUUAUUUUCUUUUCCCCAUUCAUUUGGAAAUAAUCACAUAUCGGCGCAUCACUGUUAUCUCUCCCAAACUCUCCCUCACUCAGGCAUGUUAAAUCAAAUUAAAUUAUCUUUACACCAUCUUCUUUACUUUUAUCAGUUCCAUUGCUGAGCAAGUUGUUCAAGGAAGGAAUUCAGCUUCUUGCAGUUUCGAUGUUGCAUGACGUCUUACUUCACUUCAAUUCAACAAUGGCAUAUUCUGGAUCAAUUCGAUUCUCUCACGACGUUAGGUUAUACAGUACUCAUGGAAGCUGUACUUUUUGUCAUAGACUGAAUUCUUCAGCACUCGUAUUUUCCAGAUUACAUUCUCAACUUAAGCCUGUACCUUCUAGAUGUAAUAUUUUGUUGUGCCGAUCUGCCCUAGUACCGGCUGGAGGGUGCGAGGCUUCGCUGAUGAAAGUGGCUACUGUUUCUUUGUCAAGGUCAUGUAAUGCCAUAUCUGGAAGACCAAUUGUGCUUCAAUUGAUCCCGGCCCUUGGUAUCAUUGGCUUUGCCAUCUUUGGUCUUGAGCCUCUCUUACGCCUGUGCAGGGCUCAAUUUCUCCAAGAAUGGACUGAUAAAAGUUGGAAGAAAAGUAAUUCACGUUAUAUCAUGACAUCUUAUUUUCAACCUUUGCUGCUGUGGACUGGGGUAAUGCUCAUCUGCAGGGGUUUCGAUCCACUUGUCCUACAAUCCGAAACCAGUCCGAUUAUAAAGCAACGGCUGCUGAGUUUUGUAAGAUCUUUGUCAACCGUGCUUACAUUUGCUUACUGUUCCUCAAGCUUUGUUAGACAAGCGCAAAAGUUCUGUACGGAGACAAACGAUUCCAGUAAUGAAAGAAAUAUUAGCAUUGAUCUUAUCGGGAAAACUGUAUAUACUGCAAUAUGGGUUGCUUCCGUGUCAUUGUUCAUGGAGUUGCUGGGUCUUUCCACUCAGAAGUGGUUGACAGCUGGUGGUUUGGGUACAGUGUUGCUUUCACUUGCAGGUCGUGAGAUAUUCACAAACUUCCUUUCAAGUCUGAUGAUUCAUGCAACUCGGCCGUUUGUCGUGAAUGAGAGAAUCAAAACAAAGAUAAAAGGAUAUGAGGUUUCUGGUAAAGUUGAGCAUGUAGGCUGGUGGUCGCCAACAGUAGUUAGAGGUGCUGAUUGUGAAGCAGUUCACAUUCCUAAUCACAAUUUGAGUGUAAAUGUUGUGAGGAAUCUUAGUAAGAAAUCUCAUUGGCGCAUCAAAACUCACCUUGCUAUCAGUCACUUUGAUGCUAACAAGAUUAAUAGCAUUGUAGCUGAUAUGCGCAAGGUUUUGGCCAAAAAUCCUCUAGUAGAGCAGAGAAAAUUGCACAGAAGGGUUUUUCUGGAGGAUAUCAAUCCAGAAAAUCAGGCUCUUAUGAUAUUAGUAUCUUGCUUUGUUAAAACUUCACAUUCUGAAGAGUACCUCCGUGUUAAGGAGGCCAUUCUCUUGGAUCUUCUUAGAGUGAUUAGUCACCAUGGAGCUCGGCUAGCGACACCCAUCCGCACAAUUCAGAAGAUGUACAGUGACUCUGAUUUAGAAAUCGAUCCAUUUGAUGACGCCAUUUUUGCUCGUUCCGCAGCAAAGAGAAAUCUCUCUUUCCCAGUGAUAGAUCUACCUUAUAAAGUUAAGCCUUCGACUCAAUCGACAAUUGUAAACGAUGAGAAAGAUGCCAAGAUUCAUGAAACCUUGGUAUCUGAGAUCAAAGUAGAUGGUGAAAAAGUUGCUGUGACAUGGACCCCCUCUUCAAGUGUAAAGUCUCAGGAUAAAUUAAAGUCAACAUCUGAAGCCAAGACCAAGAAUGUGGAUUCUGAUAAUUCAGUCCAGAAGGGCUCUAAAUCGGCAACAAUACCACAAACUUUGUUAUCAUCCAAUGAGUCUUCACCAUCAAAGCAAGAUGAAGAAAAAUGAUCUAGUUGCCCUUUUUUUUAGCUGGAUAUUUGAUAUCCCUAACUGAUUAGCCAUUAAGGGAGAUCUGAUACUAUCAAGUUCCUGUCAUCUGGGUCUAGGGAAUGGUUCGAUUCGUUAUCAAUCUAUUAUUACAAGCAGCCUUAACUUGUAUUUAAAUGAGGUUGAUUUUAGCACUAGAAUUAGAAAUUAGAACCUAAUUGAAUACGCAUAUUAUGUACAUAAUUUGUGUCAGAUUCUUUGAAUAGCAGCAUUGCGAGUUAGCAAAUAGCACCUGUUAAUGAGACAGCAUAAAAUGAGUUAAAAUAAGCAUUUUUUCCA